AGGUUAGCUUGACAAUGUCCAUGACAAUGACAAACCAGAAGCCCCUACUUUCUAAAUUCCAAUCCUUUCUUUUGCUCAGUCUCAGCCUAUGUGGUUAUGAGCCUUUGGUGAUGGCAAAUGAGUUGAUACCAGUUGGAGUAGUUCUUGAUUUGAAGUCCCCAGUUGGAAGAGUGGCAGAGAGGUACAUGUCCAUGGCGCUCUCAGACUUCUAUGCUGUGAAUCAUAACUAUAGCACAAGACUUUCUUUCCUCACAAAGGAUUCUGGGAAUGAUAUAAUUGCUGUAGCAUCUGCAGCACUAGAUUUAAUGAAGAAUGAAGAAGUGCAGGCCAUUAUAGGACCUCAAUGGUCAGCACAAGCUAAGUUUGUGAUAGAACUUGGACGCAAAGCUCAGGUUCCCAUCAUUUCCUUUUCAGCCACAAGUCCUUCUCUUUCUCCAUCCCAAAACCAGUUCUUCAUACGAACAACUCAAGACGACUGCGUACAGGUUAAAGCCAUAGCAAACAUUGUUGAUACUUUUGGUUGGCGGGAAAUUGUCCUUAUUUAUGAAGACACAGAUUAUGGCAAUGGUUUAAUUCCAUAUUUGUUGGAUGCUUUACAAGAGAUUGACACUAGGGUGCCUUACAGAAGUGUCAUUCAUCCAUCUUCUAAUAAUACCGAAAUCAUCAAAGAGCUUAACAAAUUAAAGGCAAAUCAUGCAAGAAUAUUUCUUGUGCACAUGACUGCUUCACUUGGCUCAAAGCUCUUUGUACGUGCAAAAGAAGCAGCUAUGAUGAGCGAAGGGUAUGCAUGGAUCCUCACAACAGGUUUAUCAUCUUUGCUAGAUCCUAUGGGCUCAAAGCUUAUGGACUCAAUGCAAGGGGUAUUGGGAAUAAGGCCAUACAUACCACCGUCUAAACAUCUAAAAGAUUUUGAAAGAAAAUGGAAGAGAAACUUAACCUCAAUCAAAAUAAAGAGCAAGAGUACUACUAGCUUAAACUUCUUUGGAUUAUGGGCAUAUGAUACAGUUUGGGCAUUAGCUAUUGCAGUGGAGAAGGCUGGCUGCAUAGUGCAUUCUAGCUUCUUGAAGCAAAAUGCUAGCAACAAUAAUGUCGAUCUUGCAGCUCUAGGAAUUUUUGAAAUGGGUACAAGGCUUCGCAACACAAUUCUAACUACUAAAUUUCUAGGCCUUAGCGGAAAUUUUGAUUUGGUUAAGGGGCAGUUGGAGCCUUCAGCCUUUGAACUAUUCAAUGUGAUAGGAAGAACAGAGAGGAUUAUUGGACAUUGGACCCGAGAGACAAACUUAACUUCAAAUGAGAAUCUCUCAAAAAAUCAAUUUUCAAAGGACAAACUAAAACACCCUAUUUGGCCAGGAGACACACCAGAGCAGCCGACAAAGUUAAGGAUUGGGGUUCCAGUGAAAGAAGGUUUUCUAGAUUUCGUGAAAGUGGAAUGGGAUCCUUUUAUCGUAUCUGGGUUCUCCAUUGAUGUGUUUGAGGAUGUGCUUCGCGCAUUACCCUUCCACCUUCCUUACAUGUAUAUUCCUUACGCGAAUGAAACGAGGCAAAGUAACGGGACAUACGAUCAACUUCUUGGGGAAAUUAGUACUCUGAACUACGAUGCAGUUGUUGGAGACACAACAAUUGUAGCUAGGCGCUCGUUGUAUGUUGAUUUCACUUUACCUUAUACAGAAUCGGGUGUGUCGAUGGUAGUUUUGAUGAAAGAUGAUGAGAGCAAAAACUUGUGGAUUUUCUUGAAGCCACUAAGCAUUAAUCUAUGGUUAACAACUGGUGUAGCAUUCAUGUUUACAGGUUUGGUAAUAUGGACUCUUGAACACCGAGUAAAUAAUGAUUUUAGAGGCCCUCCAGAGCAACAACUUGGCUUGAUUUUCUGGUUCUCCUUCUCAACACUGGCCUUCGCUCAUAGGGAGAGAGUGGUAAAUAAUUGGUCAAGAUUUGUGUUGAUCAUAUGGAUUUUCUUGGUACUCAUCUUGACUCAAAGUUAUACAGCAAACUUAACCUCAAUGUUAACUGUACAAAGAUUGCAACCUACAUUUGUUGAUGUAAAAGAGAUUAUAGAGAAGGGUUAUAAUGUUGGAUAUCUAAAGGAUUCCUUUGUUAAGGGGCUCCUAAUAGAUCAACUAAGUUUUAAUGAGUCCAACUUAAAGGCGUAUGCGACCCCAGAGGAGUAUCAUGAAGCACUGUCAAAGGGAACUUACAAUGAUGGGGUUGCAGCUAUUUUUGACGAAAUCCCCUAUAUUAAGCUCUUCCUUGCAAAGUAUUGCUCUAGGUACUCCAUGGUUGGGCCCAUCUACAAAACUGAUGGAUUUGGCUUUGCCUUUCGAAGAGGAUCUCCUUUGGUCCCUUACAUUUCGAGGGCAAUCUUGAAUGUCACUCAGGAUAAACAUAAAAGCCUAGAAUAUGAGAAGAAGUACUUUUCAAGUCAAACUACCUGCGAAGAUCAAAGUACUACAAUCUCUUCACAUAGUCCUAGUCUUGGUCUGGACAGCUUUGGGGGCCUCUUCAUCAUUGCAGGAAUCGCUUCCUUGGUCUCACUCUUGGUUUAUGUGUUUAAGUUCUUUUACUCAUAUUGGCCUGUUUUGAGUGACGACAAUCCUGCUGACUCUUGUUGGUCCAAAUUAGUUAAAAUGGCAAAACAUUUUGACCUGAAAGAUCUCUCUUCAUAUACCUUUAAGGGAGAAGAAUCGAAGGUACAUGCUCUAGCAAGUCCUGACAUUUUUGAACCUUCACCUAGUAUUGAUGAUAUGCAGAAUCACACGAGGAAUUCCACUGAAGGAUCAUAUGACGACGGAAAUCUUUCUUCAAGUUCAAGACAUGGUGAUGCAUCUAUGCAAGAUGUGCCCAAUUCAACAUAGACAUGGUUUUCUGCCUAAAUCUUUAAGAUGAACUCAUUCCCCUAAGCUUGGUUCAUAAUUUAUUACCUAAAAAUUAUGUAAAAUAUAUCAUAUGCAAUAUAAUAAACUAUAUCAAUUUUAUCAAUCACAAUUACAUUGAUUAA